AUGUUAUUUCAAACAACAAAAAUCUAUAUUCAUUUCAACCUACGUAAACGUUUUAAAAAUGAAGAAAUAAAUAUAAAUAAAAAUGAAAUUGAAGAUGAACAUUUUGAUGAUAUACUUGAAUCAAUUUAUAUUGAAAAACUUCUUUCAAUACUUUCAAUAUGUCAUUCAUCACUUGAUUCAUUACUAUCAAUACCGUUAAAUUCUUCAACAAAAAUUUCUUGCUGCAUCAAUAACAUCAACAAAUCAAUAUUCUCAUCAUUUAUACAUACAACAAUACAUUUAAAUAUAAAUGAUUUAAUAUCUGUUGAUGAUAGUAUUUAUUAUUGUUUAUCAUCAUUUAUAUCACAACCAAAUUAUCUUAUACUAAUAAUUUUUAAUAAUUUAUUAAUAUAUUCAAAUUAUUUAUCAAAUCAAACACAAAUACCAUCAAUACAACGUAUUUAUGAUCAAAGACAAUCAUUAAAUAAUACAAUGGAUAUUGGUUCAAUAAAUUUAUUAUCACAAUGUCAAAUGACAUGUUCAAAUCCAAAUGCAACAUCACCUGAAAUAUUAAUACAAUCAAAUAAUAAUCUUCAAACAACAAUAACAUUAUUAUCACGUCGUUUACGUUCACCACCAUGGUCAUAUACAUAUUUACCUAAUGAACAACGUUCUACAUUGAUCAAUGGUCAUUAUUUUAUACCAUCUAGUUAUUUAUUAAAUACACAAGGACAACAAAUAAUUAAUUUAUCAUUAACAAAACCAAUUGAUAUUGUUAAACAAUUCCGUAUACAUUUUUAUAAACCAAUUGAUCAUGAUAGAAUUGGUUUACAACAAAUCUACAUAUAUGGUUAUUAUGCAUAUGAUCAACAAAUGAUUAUUGAACAAACAAGCCAUCCAUAUCAAACAUUAAUAUCAACUGUUUAUGGUAAACAAAUAUUAAAUAAUAAAAAUAAUUUAAAUACAACAAUAAUAACAACAUUAAAUGAUGAUGAUAAUAUUAAAUUAAUGUAUACAUCAAUAAAAUCUUCAACAACAAAUAUAAAUAUAAUUGAUAAUAGUCAUCAAAUAUCAAUGAUAUUAUCAGAUAAAUAUCGUUCAUUUAAUCAUUAUUUACAAUUAAUACAUUUAUGUUUAAAAAAAAAAUUCAUUAAUAUUAAAUGA